CAGGCAAAAAAGUUCAUAUGCCACAUGAUGAUUUUCAAAGUUUAUCAUUUAUUCCUGAUCCUAAACCAUUAGAAAAUGAGAAUGAGGAAAUCCAACUUCAAGCUACUCUUGAUGGUUUAUAUUAUACAUGUGGAUCACAAUUGCUACCAGAAGAUCAUGAACUUUCAAAGCAUUUAAGUGUUAGAUUAAAUAUUACUUGUAAUUCCCCUAUUGAGGAAACAUAUUUUUCAUAG